GUAUGACGUUACAUGAAUAUGACGUCAGUAAAUAAUUAUUGUUUGGAGACUUUCAACUUUUUUAGUAGUUGCAAAUUAAGUAAAUGUCCAGAUGCCGACUUCUAGCCAAUCUCUGAUUCUACUUAAAACCGACAACGGCAACUUUAUACAUUUCUACAAAUACCGGAUACCGGGUGAAAAUAUCCCGCUAGAAAUUUCAAAAGUGGACGUAACCGGCAAUCUGCCCCCAUAUUCAACCCGUGUCGACCAACCAUGUAGCCUAACUCCAGUAAAGCGAAAAGAACCAUUGCCAAGCCUGUACAACAGAAGUCAAACGGAAGAUCUAGUGAAUAGACAUACACACACAGUAUCAGGGUCCGAUGAUAUCCCGCUUAUAGAAGAUGUCCUUAUUAGAAAGAUCGAUGGCCGAUCCCAAAGCGUAAAAGCGGAUAACUUUUGGAAUUUGCUGGAUUUGGGUUUCAGUGUUUCUUCGUUCAAGGGGCUACAAAGUAUGGCCCCUCUACGUGCUGACCUCAGUUCAGAAAACCCCAUCAUUCCCAAGGCGCCACGUUCCCGAACGAACAGUGGUAUAAAACAGGCCAGUAGUGCUCCAGUUAGGCCUACCAGUGAAAAGUUCCCAGUUAGCGAUUACAAAUCGGCGCCAAAAUUGGACCGCCCAAGAAAAAAGAGUGCAUCUAAAAGUCUUCCUUGGUAUUCAGACUAUAAAAAAAACGUCGCAGUCACUCACACUAGAUCCAGUCGCAAAUCUUCCGCAGAAUUGCCUCGCACCACAGACGAGCUUGAAAGUAAAGGCAACGAAGACCUAAAACCGGAAGUUAAAAAACUCGAACGAAAGAAAAGCUUGAAACUGCCAACGAUACGCAUGCGCAGAAUCCUCCCGCCUCCGACGCCCGGCGCCCUGUGCUUCACCCUGAAGGGUGUGAACGCCAGCCACGAGGACGUGAAGGACGUCAUCGAGUCGCAGCUCGGAUGUGUGCUGGACACCCUCCUGUUCGACCCCGUGUACAUACACAUGGGCGAGACCGACAGGGAGCACAAGACCAUGUGGGUGUUCACCGUCAAGGGAGAAAACCUCAACGUAGAAGGCUUGCACCAGGGCAUACGGUGGAACGGCGAGCGCUCGCGCCUGCGUUACCUGGACGACGUGAUGCGAGAUGAGUACAACGCUUACAGGUUGUUCAAGUCGAUCCAGGACGAAAAAUCGUCAAAAGGCUUGGGCGCUCUGAGGAAGAGAUUAACUAAUCCAUAGAGUCAAAUGGCCUGCUGGUUUGUGGAAAAAUAAAAUAAAAUAACAUUAUUUUAUCAAACAACCACCUGUGAUGAUAAUAGAUCAAGUAACCUAAUAAACUGUGCAUAUAUAGAAACUGAAGUACCAAAAAACAAUGAACCCAGCAAAAGGUCUAUUAAUUUACUAAAUUGUACAUAGGAAAUGAGUUAUUUACCAAACAGCCAGUGAGAUCAAACAUUACAGAACUGUGCAUAGACCCUGAAUUACUAUGCACUGAGUGAAUUAAAAGGUCAACUAAUCUACAUAAUUAUGCGCUGUAAUACAUACUUAUGCACUGUAAUAGGCCAAUGAUUUAACAUAUAUAACGAAUACAAAUAUAUAUAUAUAUAUACCUACUAGGUCAUGGGUUACAUAUUGUAACGGUGAAAUAAUUGGGAUCCACAACUCAUUUGUCACCUGUGUUUGAGGGCAUCCUUAAACAUGUCGUGUUUUGGUUGACAUCAGACCAUAAUGGGUCCUACUGGAGGGGACUAAAGCUUUCCCUACCAGUCCAUCCGGUCGCAUCUCCGUCUUUCUGUCCUACAUAUAUACAUGUGUGUGUGUGUGUGUGACUGUGUGUGUGACUGUGUGUGACAGUGUGUGUGUGUGUGUGUGCGACAGUGUGUGUGUGUGACUGUGUCUGUGUGUGUAUGACUGUGUGUGUGUGUGACUGUGUGUGUGACGGUGUGUGUGUGUGUGUGACUGUGUGUGUGUGUGUGUGUGUGUGUGUGUGUGUGUGUGUGUGUGUAAUAGUUUUCCACUGCUUCCAACAGCACCCUCAUCAUUCUGCAUGCGCGCUUUGCUUCAUAUGCUUCUGGUUCGUGACCUUUCUGUCUGUCUCUAUAAAAAAAAACAUUGCAGUAUUACUACCACCGCCAGCUUCACAGCCUCGUUGUGACCCCUGCUCGAUUUGUAUAUUUUUCUCUAUAAAUUGCAUUCCUGCUGUAUAUUCUGCUUAAGAUAGUGCACAUAGAAGAUUCCUAGAUGCAUUAUCGGUAGGAGUAGUUUAUAUGGAGGCAGCUGUCCUCCCCUCUCUCUCCCUCCCUCCCUCCCUCCCCCCUCUCUCUCUCUCUCUCUCUCUCUCUCUCUCUCUCUCUCUCUCUCUCUCUCUCUCUCUCUCUCUCUCUCUCGUCAUUUGUCCCUUAUCGAUCCCAAGUGUUUCACUGUUGCCAGUUAGUUUCGUGUUCCUGACAUAUUAGUGCUUCUAAAAUAACAUAAUGUAGUAGAGUUGGGGUGGGGGUAGUCCAUGGCCUAUACCUAAUAAGUGAUGGGGUUACUCGAAGAAAAUUAUUCAAUUACUUUGGUAUAGUGAUACUUACACUUGUUCUCAUAUCGUUUAAAAAUUAUAUAAAUUAAAAAUGAUACAAAUACUUAAA